AAAACCUUAAGAAGGUUUUAAUCAGUAAGCUAUGGGGAAGAAGAAGUUUAUUGAUAAGAAAAAGGCGGCGACUUUCGAGUUGUGUCCUCGUGAUACGUCUGACCCAAAAUACAGUGAUGCACCAGGUGGUGAUAAGAUCUUCUUACGAGUUGAUCAAAACCCUGUUAACAUCAAUGGUUUCAUUGAAGAAGAAGAUGAAGAAGAAGGAGACAGCUCACGGUUUGAAGAUGCUCCUGAAGAUUUGCCUUAUGGUUACUCUAGUUUCGGGGAAUCGAGUAGUAAUCCUUUACCUGCUCAUUUACCUCGUGAUGUUAAGGCUUAUGAUGCGUCUCGUGUUAAGAUCUCUGGUAUGGUGAAUGAAGAAGGUAAUGAUAAUAAGUUGAUGUAUAGUGUGGCGUCGAAGACUGUUAACGUCAAGGUGCAGAAAGCUAUUGAUCCUGAAGUUGCUGCGUUGCUUGAAAACAGUGAUGGGUCUGAGUUUGGUUCUGAUGUUGAGGAUUUGGAAGAAGAUUUUGUUAUUCAAGCUAAUCUUACUCAACAGGGUGAAACUUCUGGUGUGAGCAAUGGCGAGCUCGUGUUUUCUGAAAGACGUGAGGUUAGAGAAAGAGAAAGUGAUAAACCUGUGGCUGAAAACCCGAGAGUUCCUCGUCAAAUUGAUGAGCUAUUUGAUCAGCUUGAACUUAAUGAAUAUGGAAGUGAUAGUGACUGUGAUGGUUACGUAGCUGAAGAUGGAGAAGAAGAAGAAGAUUACAUGGCUCAAGACGUUCAGAAUCUUAUUCAUGAGAAGGCGAAAGAUUAUGAGCUUGAAGAAAAAUAUAUGAACCUUGCAGAUAUAUUGAAGAACAGUGACUCUGUUAAAGAUAAAGAGGAAGUGGACACUGCUGCACAUAUUAUCCGCCGGACUGUGGAAUACGCUGAAAAUUUUGAUAACGGGAAUGAAGAUGAAUUUGUAGAGCUGACCGAAGAAAGUAGCGACGAAAGCGAGAAGCAUGAUUGUCUCACCAUAGUCUCAACAUACUCGAAUCUCGAUAACCUCCCUGGUAAAAUCCUUGCUUCAGAGUCAGCUAGGCAGAAGAAGCUGAGUGGAACAGUAGCUAAAGCAUUGAGUUCAAAUGGCAGAAUCAUUACUCUCCAAGGGAGAGAGAAGAUUCCUGUCGAGUUUUUACCUGGUAGGAGAGCGGAACAAACCGAUGUCAAAUUGGAAAUUCCGAAAGCUGAACCGAUCAAGAGGAAGACUCAUGGUCAAGAGUCGAAAGAAGAGAAGAAAGAGCGAAAAAAUGCUGUAAAAACCGAAAAGCGAGAAGCAAGGAUAAUGAAGAAACAGACAUCCGAGCUGUAUCGCUAUGAAACCCUGCGUGCUCAGAAAGCUGUUGCUUCCUCUGGUCCAAAAUCGAAACAUCUAUAAUAAUAUGUUACUAAGGUAAAAAACAAAACAAUUCUCAGACUGUUUAAAACCAGUUUUUGAAGUCAUUUCAUGUAAUAUUUGCUGUUUUUUUUCGUUUCAUCAAGAAUCUUUUUUUGGAUGUGGACGUUUUGAAUAUUAUUUAUUACUUUUACUAGGCUACUUUCGAGAAAGUGAUGGAAACAGAAGAAACCAUUUUUUAGCAAAACUUUGAGUUGUCUCCGAUCAGAAGUUAACCUCUGUUUUUUCUUCAAUCUUCAAGAAUCCUUGAAAUUUGUACAGACCAUUAAAUUUUGGAAAUAUUU